AUCAAAUCAAAGAAACAAAAAUGUCGUCAUAAUUUUAGUUGAAUUGAUUUACUUUUUACACCAAACAGAUUAAAUUCAGAAAUUCAAAAGCCAAUCAUAUUUUCAGACCAACAAAACCACCUAAUCGCUGACUUCUCACCUACAACUUCACCUGCUGCUCAUUCUUGCCUUCCACCCUUUCCAAUUUUCUCCACCUAAUUCCCUCAUUUUCAAUAUCCCCCAAUUCUCCUAUUAUUCGAUUAGUGUUAGGGUUAGGGUUUGUGUUAUUCCGCCAUGGAUUUACCUCCGUUGACUGGCGGAGGUGAAGAAUCGGGUGCGCCAUUUGAGUGGAGUGAUCUCUUUGACUUUACAAUCGACGAUCAAUUACUGCUUAAUCUGGAUGUUUCCGAUCAGCCGAAGGAGCAGCCACCGGUGCUACUACCGCCGGUGACGAACGCGGAGGAUAAUGGAAAGACCGUUGCGGUGAAUGGAGGUGAAUCGGGGUCGUCUGAUCGGGUGCGAAAGCGAGACCCGAGGAUGAUUUGCGAGAACUUUUUAGCGGGGCGGGUGCCGUGCGCUUGUCCGGAGUUGGAUGCAUUGAUGGCGGAGGAGGAGGAAGAAGAGACCGGGCCCGGAAAGAAGCGGCCGAGGAUGGGGCGGACACCGGGUGUAGCGAAGUGUCAGGUGCCCGGGUGUGAGGUCGAUAUUCGUGAGCUCAAAGGGUAUCACCGGCGACAUCGGGUUUGUUUGGUGUGUGCUAAUGCUACCUCGGUUGUGAUUGAGGGUGAGAGUAAAAGAUAUUGUCAGCAGUGUGGCAAGUUUCACGUGCUGUCAGAUUUUGAUGAAGGAAAACGUAGUUGUAGACGUAAAUUAGAGCGCCACAACAAUAGGCGGCGAAGGAAGUCUGCUGAUUACAGAGGAACUGUUGAAAAAGAACCUCAGGGUGAUGUGCAGACAGAAGAUGUCUUUUCUGAUGGAGAAGCAGGGAAAGAGAAUGCAUGGUCAAGUGGUCAAAUAGCUGAGAAAGAAGAUUCUAAAGAUAAAACUUUGUCAAACCUUUGCUCUGCUCUGGAAUCUCAGAACAUUGAGAGUGACAGCAAUUUAACUUUUACUCCAGUGGAUAAAGUAAUAGAUAAUUUGGAGCGAGAAUAUUCCCCACCUUCUGAUACUAAGAGUGCUUACUCAUCUGCGUGCCCUACAGGUCGUAUCUCUUUUAAACUCUAUGACUGGAACCCUGCAGAAUUCCCUCGACGACUUCGGCACCAAAUAUUCCAAUGGUUGGCCAGCAUGCCUGUUGAGUUGGAGGGCUAUAUCCGUCCUGGUUGUACAAUAUUGACUAUAUUUGUUUCAAUGCCACAAUAUAUGUGGGUAAAGCUGUUUGAAGACCCUGUUUCUUAUGUACAAAACUCUGUUGGACAUGGAGGAAUACUGUCUGGCAGAGGCGCUGCCUUGGUUUACUUGAAUGAUUUGAGUUUUCGUGUUAUGAGAGAAGGAACUUCCGUGAUGAAAGUGAAGGUUGCUGUUCGGGCCCCAAAACUUCACUAUGUCUAUCCUCCUUGUUUUGAGGCUGGAAAACCAAUGGAUUUUGUUGCCUGUGGAAGCAAUUUACUUCAGCCAAAAUUUCGGUCUCUCGUAUCAUUUGCGGGAAAGUAUUUGGCUCAUGAUUACUAUGUCGCUUUUCCACGUGGAAAAGAAGACAAGCCUGCCAUUGAUUAUGAUUAUCAGUUCUGCAGAAUAUAUGUGCCACACACUGAACCAAGUUACUUUGGUCCUGCGUUUGUUGAGGUCGAGAAUGAGUGUGGUCUAUCCAAUUUCAUACCUAUUCUCAUUGGAGAUGAGCAUGUCUGUUCUGAAAUAAAGAUGAUACAUCAGAAGUAUGAUUGCUCGAAUUGUAGAAAAAAGUUGCAAUGUAUACCAAGUGGUUCUUCGUAUGGAACUUGUGAAGUUUCAUGUUCAAGACAAGCUGCACUGUCUGAAUUUAUGCUGGAUGUUGCAUGGUUGCUUAAGCAGCCUUGUUCUGAGAAGCUUAACUGCAUAUUAACGUCUUCUCAGAUUCAGAGAUACAAUUUCUUGUUAAAGUUCUUAAUAAGCAACAAAUCCACUUCUAUCUUGGAAAAAAUUCUACAAUCUCUGCAAAUUGUUUUUUUUGGGAUGAAUUCCUGUGAUGUGAUUAAUAAUGAUACUGAUAAGGAUAGAAGGUUGCUGAAGGAAUAUAUUGCUCAGGCUAAUGAUUUUCUUCGCCAAAGCGCUUACAACAAAGAGUUGAUUCUGAAGCAGGGUGGGGAAUGUGUCUCAAAUGUUGACACAUGUUUGGGAAGUUUCCCUCAUGACGACUUGCUGUCUGUUGAUCAUACUGCUUGUCAGGUUACAAAAUUGAGAGCAGAGACGAACCACACAUUUUUGGAACAUUCAGAUUCUCGGGGUGAAGGGGAAUCUGUUUCACUUAUAAAUAGGGAAGUUGCAAUGAAUGUUAAUGACAACAGAGAUUGGCCAAAGAAGUCGUGUCACAACAUAAUCUCAAAGAAAUUCACCAGUACUCGGCCUUUCAUUUAUGCCAUUGCUUUAGUUGCUGUUUGCUUUGGUGUAUGUGCAGUUGUCUUGCACCCUUACAAAGUUACCAAAUUUGCAGUAACUAUCAGAAGGUGUGUAUUUGACGAUUCUUCAUAGUUGUUUGGCUAAGAUGGUCAUCAACCUGACCAUCUCUGAAGAAUUAGCCUGGAUGAAUAUAGUCAACAGAGCCCCGCCCCGAUGCGAUAAUAUCAAUACCGCAAUUCCAUUGUAGAAAUCGAUUAGACGAUUUCACGUUGUUGUGGUUAUAACUGCAAACGAGCUCCGAAAUGUUGCAUAUCAUGCAGAAGCUAUUAUUUUGUAUGAAAGUCGCUGGCCAGCCUGGUCUUGUACAUAUAUAUAAUACUCUAUAUAUAUAAGCAUGUCAAAUGAAGUUAGUUAGGGAUUUAAAUUUCGACCUCUUUAGUUUUAUGUAUCAUAUACUUGUCAAAAUGAAAUGAGUAGCAAAUCAUUUGCCCCAAUACAGUUGAAGUUGUAACUCAUGACAAAAAUUCAUUGGAACGAUGGGAUCAAUUGCAUUCUGUCUACACAUUAUGAAUGUAAAUUAGAUUACUUUGGGAAA